GCGAGAACCGCGAGAACCAGUGUGAACACAUGGAAAAAUUGUAAAUAUAUUGAAUUAACAUAAAACACACGGUGUCAUAAUUGUAAAUAUAUGGAUCUGUAACAUAAACACGCGUGUCCCCUGUUUUAGGGUUUCUUCAUUACAUUUGUUCCCAAUCCACAAUCUGCAUCAUCAUCAUCUACACUUUGAUUGAGGUUCAUGGCGGCUUACCGGCGGCACACAUGAGUUUACAGUGGUUCUCGCGACAUUAGACAACAGUGUAUCCCACAAAUUUCAUUGCUGGGGCAUUCGGGAUUAUUGCUACAUAUGGCGUCCUCUGAUUCAUCCCGUGUUGAAAUAUCUCGUGUUGAACCUACCGCAUCCGAUGAUACUAACUCACCAAUCUCUGAAUAUCAUCCUCAUACAUCUGAUACUACCUAUCUUGGUGGUCCAUCUGCUGCCAAACCCGUAUAUGCUGUCAAUCCAAUUGAAAUAUCUCGUGUUGAACCUACCGCAUCCGAUGAUACUAACCCACCAAUCUCUGAAUAUCAUCCUCAUACAUCUGAUACUACCUAUCUUGGUGGUCCAUCUGCUGCCAAACCCGUAUAUGCUGUCAAUCCAAUUGAAAGUUGCAAAAUUGUGUACACAACAGUUGAUAGUCGACAUUCCCUUCAUGGAUUUGAAAUACCUACUCUUGAUUCCAUGUCAAUACCAGUUAAUGUUACGGUAUCAUCUGGUAAUGCAUCUGGGAAUGUCAAUAUACCUGACCAAUCGUUGUCGAUUGACACUACUUCGACUGGUACAGCACCCAAAAAUACAGAACCACCUCAAUUGCAGUUCAUUCGGUUUGAGAAUAAAGAUGAUAACUAUCUAACGGAUGGCACAUUAGAAAAAUCAAUAGACUGGAUUCCAGCAAUGAGCAAUCUUCGUUAUAAAGAUAUUCCAAGCUUCAUUAGAACAACAGAUCCAAACGAUAUCAUGUUUAAUAUUGCAAUGGAUGAAGCUGAAAAUAACUUGAGUUCACCUGCAAUCAUCAUGAACACGUUUGAUGCAUUGGAACACAAAGUAAUAGAAGCGAUCGCUUCAAAAUUCGAUUAUCCGAACAUAUAUACAAUAGGCCCUCUUCCUUUACUAGCCAGAUAUGUACCGGACGACAGUCCGGUACAAUCACUCAACUCGAGUCUAUGGAUGUCAGACUCGAGUUGCUUAAAAUGGCUAGACCAGAAGGAAGAAGGGAGUGUAAUCUAUGUUAAUUAUGGUAGCAUAACUACCAUGACUGAUCAACACUUUGUCGAAUUCGCGUGGGGCUUGGCACGCAGUAUGCAACCGUUUUUAUGGGUGGUUCGCCCCGAUGUGACCAUGGGGAAUUCAGCAGUGUUACCCGGAGAACUCUUGGAAGAGAUCAAGGAUAGAGGAAUGUUGGUGAGUUGGUGUGCUCAAGAAAAGGUUUUGGCCCACCGUUCGGUUGGUGCGUUUUUAUCGCACUGCGGAUGGAACUCGACAACUGAAAGCAUACUCGAAGGUGUCCCGUUGAUCUGUUGGCCGUUCUUUUCGGAUCAACUAACAAAUUGUCGAUUCGCUUGCACCGAAUGGGGGAUUGGGAUGGAAAUUAAUCAUGAUGUGAAAAGAAAUGAAGUGGAAGUUGUUGUUAGGGAGAUGAUGCAAGGGGAGAAAGGGAAGGAAAUGAGAAUAAAUGCUAGAGAAUGGAAAAGAAAAGCAAAAGAAGCUACUGAAAUUGGUGGUUUAUCAUAUAAUAAUUUCCAGAGAUUUAUCAAAGAGGCCCUUCAUUACCAUACUUGAUUCUUGAAGAAUAAAGAUUUGAUUAAAACUUAUGUAUUUCAUUUAUGUAUGGUUUUUCUAUAUUUGAAUUAUUAUUCAAUCCACACAUACUUCAAGGAAACAAUUAGUGGCUUUAUGUACAGAGGUUUAGAGGAUGAGCCGAAUGAUGCAUGUUUCAAAGUUGUCAUUCA